AUGUAUCGCCAAAUUCGCGUCGAUCAACGCGAUAUCAAUUACCAACGCAUUCUAUGGAAUGCAACACCGCAUGAACCGCCUACUGACUACCAGCUGUUAACAGUCACGUACGAAAAGAUUAUUGAUCGUUAUAUACUAUAUAAAAUUAAUAUUUUAUUAUACUUUUAUAUAAAAGAUAAAAAUUAUAAAAUUAUAUUGCAGGUGCUUGCAUCAUUGAAGCACAAAAUUGACCAAUUUCUAUCAAAGCAUAACAACGUAGAUUUCUUGGUCGAACAAGCAAGAUUAUUUUUGAUUAGUCGAGAAAAUAAAUUGGUAAAUGCGAGAAAAAAUGUAAUAGAAGCUGCUGCUCAAUCCUCAUCUAUUAAACGGCAUUCUUUAACCAGUGAAUCAUUCUCAAGAGGUACAUUAAUUAUAUCUUUUAAAAUUUUGUGCACACUGGAAGUAUUUAAAAGAUGGGAGCCAAAAAGGAGAAGUUUGACAUCAUCGUUUACACAAAUAUUCAAACGAUCGAGUGGUAGUUUAGGUAGUUUAGGUCCAAGCCUCUCAAAUUCUAUUAGUCAGCCGUCCAAUAUAUCAGAAGAUCAGCUACAAGUAAUUGGAUCUGGAUAUAGAUAUACAAAAACUUCGUGGGAAUCGCCGAAUGAAGUGAGUCCAGUGCAAAAUGUUAUACUAUGUGCUGUUAUAUUAGAUGAAUGGCUGAAAGAACUGGCGGCAAUCACUCAAGAGCAUGCCAUUAUGUCCCUCACAGAUGAUAUUCCAUUGAAUACGUAAUUCUGAAAUUCGAUAUAUUUUAUUCCAAAAUAAAAUCGUAAAAUAUAUAUAAAAAAAGUUUCGAACAAAAAUUUUUAAAGAGUAUUUAAUAUUUAAUAUAUUUCGCAAUUAUACGUUUAAAUUUUUGGGGAAUGGAGAGAAAAAUAUAUUUUUUACAAUUAUUUUUUAAAUUACUUUUGUGAAUUGUAAAUUUUUAGAGUGUAUUAAAAAGUAUUUAAUUAAUUAUAAAAUGACUUUUUCUGCAUUAUUUUAAAUAAAUACAUUUACGAUUAUUGAUGAAAUCUGGUUUCCGUCUGCUAAUAAUUUUGUGAAAUAUAUGUAUAAAUAAUUUUUUGUUUUUUUUUAAAUAAUUUUUUUGUUACAUUUUAUAACAUGCGAUAUUUUGUAAAAAUGAAGACUAUUUAAUAUAAUUAUAAAUGGCUAAAAAAAUACGAUGAAUGAAUUAUACAAUUUAUUGGAAAUUAAUAAUUAUUCAAGAAAGUAAAAAAAUCUUAAUUGUGAUAUUUGGUAAGAAAGAUUAUUUGACAAUUUAUAUACAUUAAAUCAAUUUAUUUUUAUCAGAUUGAUAAUGCACCUAAAAUGCUUCUACGGAACAUUUAAUAUAUUGUCAUUUUCUUUUUUUAAUAUAUAAUUUAUUUAAUGAUAAAAAUGGUCUGUAAUUAAUUUUUAAAUAAAUAAUUGGAAAUGUUUUUAAUAAUCCCAAAUAGUAUAGAAACAGGCAGCAAUAUUGCAGUAUUAUAUAUUGCAGUGCAAUGUAUUACAGAGACAUUGCAAAGUUUUUUACAAUAUAUUCAACAUACUUUAAUAUUGAAAAGUAAUGUCAAGUAAUGCUUUACUCGCGAGCAGUAUACGUUACUUCUAUCAAAUAGGCGUAGCAGAGCCCUUGAAAUAAAAAAAA